AUGCUCAUAACUGAUCAGCUUUACUAUUAUUUCAACUAUUAUAGAUCAAUUUAUCAGUAUGAUGAUCCAUUGAAGAAUCUAAGAGUCCCCCUGGUCCAGGAGUACAUCCAGCCAUACGCCCCAAAAGGUGUCGUUUCACAGCAUAUUCACGAGAUAGUGGCUUCUUUUCUUGUAUAUCAAUCUCUAUUUACUAUAAGCAGACUGUUCGUGAAGUUUGCUUACCCCAAGUUUUAUAAUUCUUUGAAACCGAAGACACGAAUUGACUUUUCCAUCCACAUAGUAUCAUUUGUCCAAAGUUUGUUGAUAUUGAUCCUUUGCAUUCCCCUGUUUAAAAACCCCCACUUACAGCAAGACCAUGUUUUCGCAUCCACUCCUUACGGACAAAUGGUGGUAUCAGUUGCCGUUGGAUAUUUCAUCUGGGAUGCUCUUACCUGUUUGCUGUAUAUAAAGUAUUUUGGAGUAGAAUUUUUUCUGCAUGGUGUCGUUUCUGCUCUUGUCUUUUUGGUUGGAUUAUCGCCGGCUCCUGUCAUUAUGUACUACGCCCCUAUCUUUCUUCUUUUCGAAGUAUCAACCCCAUUUUUGAAUAUUAGGUGGCUUGCAAUCAAGUUCCCAACAUGGAUAAGUGACACUGUCAAACUUAUCAACAACAUCAUCCUAAUUCUCCUCUUUUUUUUGAUCAGAAUAUGUUGGGGAUGGUAUCAAGUGUUUAGACUGGCCAAUGAUUUCUAUGGAGCCAGAGGUGAUCCAAGGCUUAACUGGUUUAAUGUUGGUGUUAUCCUGGGCUCCAAUCUUGUCCUUGACCUGCUCAAUUUCUACUGGUUUGGAAAAAUGCUGACUGUAGCCAUCAACACCCUCCGAAAAAUGUUUGGUGCCAAAGCUGACGACAGAAAAUUAAACCUUAUGUAA